AUGGGAAAGGUAAAGAAAACAAGAAAGUUUGCGUUAGUCAAACGUACUUUGAACAAUAAAGACAAUCGCAUAAAGAAGAAUCAAGAAGAAUUCAAGAAGAAGACCGCAGUUGCUAAAGAUGACCCUGAACUUACAAGAUCCGUACCUCAAGUAUCAUCAGCCUUAUUUUUCCAAUAUAAUGAAAGUAUUAAACCCCCAUAUCAAAUCCUCAUAGAUACCAAUUUCUUUAACUUUUCCAUCCAAAAGAAAAUCGAUAUUGUUAGAGGCUUCAUGGAUACCCUCUAUGCCAAAUGUAUCCCUAUGGUGACAGAUUGUGUUAUGGCAGAAUUAGAAAAAUUAGGUCCAAAGUAUCGAAUAGCUUUGAAACUCGCUAAAGAUCCUCGUAUAAAGCGUUUAAGCUGUUCCCACAAGGGUACAUAUGCCGAUGACUGUUUGGUUCACAGAGUUUUACAACAUAAAUGUUAUAUCGUUGCCACCAAUGAUGCUGAUUUGAAAAGAAGAAUCAGAAAGGUCCCUGGUAUUCCUAUCAUGAGUGUUGGUGGUCACUCAUAUGUCAUUGAAAGAUUACCUGAUGUUUUCUAA